AUGGACAAUUUUGACUGGCGUAAAACCAUUAAGAUUAACCUUUUCGCUUUAAAAGUCGCGGGACUCUGGCCUAAAGAGUAUGAAGUCUACAAACCCAAUCUUUACCUGCUUUACGCCGUAGCGUCAACUUUUAUCAUUCUCGGAGGCCACAACUUAUCCCAAGUCAUCAACAUCUUCUACGUUUACACCGACCUUGAAGCCUUAACAGCGACUAUUUUUGUCGCAGCAACCAACAUUUUCUCCAUAGUAAAAAGAUAUUUCUUUGUGAAAAAUCUGAAAACCAUUAAGGGACUCCUUCAAACGUUAAACACAGAUCAGUUUCGGCCUAAAAACCGUCGCCAAAUGGAGCUAGUUGAACUCUCAGUGAAAGGUUGGAAAAAAGCUUACGUUUACUGUAUCAUUGCGUUAGCAACAAACCUGACGUUGUGGUUGUCGGUGCCUGUUUUGAAUGGUUGGGUGAAGUUCCAUCGGCUGCCCUUUGAAGCUUGGUACCCUUUCAACACGAAGGUGUCUCCGAAUUAUGAACUCGUCUACUUGUACCAGUUUGUCUGUAUAUGGUAUAUGGCUUUAAGCAACAUGAAUGUGGAUACCUUAAUUUACGCCUUCAUGAUGUUCAUUGGGAGUCAGUGUGAUAUUUUGAUGGACGAUUUGAAAAAUUUGAACGUUGGUAGUUUCAACGAAGAACUCCUGCGUUGUAUUCAGCACCUGAAAAAAAUACUGAAUUUUGCUAAAGUCAGUAAUAAAAUUUUCAACGUUAUUGUUUUCGGACAAAUUGCUACAAGUACAGCUGCACUGGCAUUAUCCAUGUUUCAGUUAAGCUUGGUGGAUAUUGGCAGUGGUCCUGCCUGGACUCACCUUGCGUAUAUUUUCGGAAUGUUAACUGAAAUUUAUUAUUAUUGCUGGUUUGGAAAUGAAGUGCAAAUUAAGAGUGAUCAAAUACCGUAUGCCGUUUUUGAGUCUAAAUGGAUCGGACAACCCAAAGAUGCCCUCCACAACCUGAUUAUUCUGUGUGAAAGAUGUCAAAAACCUAUUAAAAUCACUGCAAUGAAUUUGUUUACUUUUUCGCUGGAAACAUUCAUCGCUGUACACAUGGAACGCUUUUUUUGGCGAGAUAUGAUCGGCAUGAAUAUUUAUAUUCUGAGAAUUGUGGGGCUGUGGCCCAAAAAUUACGAAAUUUAUAAACCAGACUGGUAUUUUUUAUAUGCAGCUAUUUCCACCGUUCUCUUUAUGACACCCAACGUUUUGUUCCAAACACUGAACAUUAUUUUUGUUUAUUCCAACCUGGAAGCUUUAACUGAAACGAUGCUUGUCUGUGUCGCAGAACUUUUGGGACUAUUGAAAAUAUACACGUUCAUCAAAAAUAUUGGAAUGUUGAAACGUUUGAUGGUUAUUCUGGAAAGUGAUAUUUUUCAACCGAAGAAUUCUAGACAGAGAUUAUUGGUGGAACCAGCCAUUAAAUUGUGGAAAAUGAUCUAUCACACACUUUUAGGAGCAGUUGUGCCUGCCGUGUUUCUGUGGUUAAUUUUUCCUAUUUUAAAUGGUUCAGCUAAAAAAUAUGCUUUACCAUUUCCUGCUUGGUAUCCCUACAACUUUAAGAAGUCUUACUUUUACGAACUAACGUAUUUACAUCAAGCCAUAGGAACUUCUCUUGUAGCUCUUGGUGACUAUAAUAUAGACAUGUUAAUUUCGGCUCUGAUGAUGUACAUGGGAGCACAGUGUGACAUUCUGUGCGACAAUUUGAAAAGCCUGGGAGCUGAAUCUAACGACUUUGGUCAAAAGUUAAAAAUAUGCGUCGUUCACCACAAAACAAUUUUGAGAUUUGCUGAAAACUGCAACGUUUUUUUCAAUUUUAUCAUGUUGGGCCAAUUUUUUACGAGUUCGAUUUGCAUGGCGAUGGCUUUGUUUCGACUAGCUUUGGUGACCCCGUCAAGUUUUGAGUUUUAUACUCUUCUAAGUUCGAUAAUGUCAGUGGUCAUGCAAAUUUUUACCUAUUGUUGGUUUGGUGACGAAGUACAAAGCAAGAGCGACGCGAUUGCUUACGCAGCAUUUGAAUCGGCUUGGACCCAGCAGUGCUUAUCAGAUAAGAAAAGUAUGAUGAUUUUUAUACGAAGAACUCUGGUACACAUGGAACGUUUCUUUUGGCAGGAUAUAAUAAGUAUGAAUAUCUAUAUUCUGAGAAUUGUGGGACUUUGGCCCAAAAAUUACGAAAUUUAUAAACUAGACUGGUACUUUUUCUACACAACUAUUUUCGUUGUUUUCUUCAUAACACCCAACGUCUUGUUCCAAACACUGAACAUUAUUUUUGUUUAUUCGAACUUGGAAGCUUUAACUGAAACGAUGCUUGUCUGCAUCGCUGAACUUCUGGGACUCUUGAAAAUAUACACCUUCAUUAAAAAUAUUGGAAUGCUGAAACGUUUGAUGAUGAUUCUAGAAAGCGAUAUUUUUCAACCGAAGAAUGCCAGACAGAAAUUACUUGUGGAACCCGCUAUUAAAUUGUGGCAAAUGAUCUACCACACACUUAUAGGAACAGUUGUGCCUGCUCUAACUCUGUGGCUAAUUUUUCCCAUUUUAACCGGAUCUGUCAAAAAAUAUGGCCUACCAUUUUCGGCCUGGUAUCCUUACGACUUUAAGAAGUCUUACUUUUACGAACUAACGUACUUACAUCAAGUGUUAGGAACUUCUCUUGUAGCCUUCGGUGACUACAAUAUAGACAUGCUAAUUUCGGCUCUGAUGAUGUACGUGGGAGCGCAGUGUGAUCUUCUCUGUGACAAUCUCAGAAGUCUGGGAGUCGAAUCUAACGAUUUUGGUCAUAGGUUAAAAAUGUGCAUCAUUCACCACAAAACAAUUUUGAGAUUUGCUGAAAACUGUAAUGUUUUUUUCAAUUUUAUCGUGUUAGGACAAUUUUUUACGAGUUCUGCUUGUAUGGCAAUGGCUUUGUUUCGACUAGCUUUGGUGACGCCGUCAAGUUUUGAGUUUUAUACUCUUCUAACUUCGAUUAUAUCAGUAGUUACGCAAAUUUUUACCUACUGUUGGUUUGGUGACGAGGUACAAAGUAAGAGCGAAGCAAUUGCUUACGCAGCAUUUGAAUCGGCUUGGACAGAGCAGUGCUUAUCAGAUAAGAAAAAUAUGAUGAUUUUUAUACGAAGAACUCUGGCUCCUAUUAAGCUUUCGACUUUUAAGCUGUUUUAUCUUACUUUGGAAACAUUUGUCAAGAUUCUUAGAUCAGCAGUGUCUUACUACACAUUACUACGACAAUUUGAAAAUCGUGAGGAUGGAAAAAUUCGAUUGGAGCAAGAAGUUUACAGCUUCAACUUCUACACAUUGUACACAGUUCUGUCUUUUAUUUUGUUUGAUCUGUGCCACAAUUUUUUUCAAAUAGUACAACUAUUUCUGAUCCCGAUGGACUUAGAAGCUCUCGCUGGAACCUUGUUCAUUUCGGUCCAAGUAGUGGCAGUGGUUAAAGUUUUCGCUUUCAUAACACGGAUGAAAAUGAUUAAAGAGUUAAUGCGAAAACUGAACGAUGACAUCUUUCAACCCAGAACAUACGAGCAAAGAGUAAGAGCAACCGCAGCUUUACAAUUUUGGUGGAGGAUUUAUGUGGGAUAUCAAAUCUCUUUAGCUUGUACUGUGGUUCUAUGGAGCAGUUUUCCACUUUUGGAUAAAUCGUACAAGGAAUCUCGUUUACCUCUUCCGGCUUGGUAUCCAUACGACUACACCAGAAGUCCUUUUUACGAAAUCACCUACUUUUAUCAGAGUUUCAGUCUGGCUUUUCUUAACGUGUGUAACUCGAAUUUAGAUAUGUUUGCGGUGUGUUUGAUGAUUUAUAUUGGAGCUCAGUGUGAUAUUUUGUGUGAUAAUCUAAAAUUACUCAGAGGAUCUGACUCAAAAGGAAGGUAUCAUCAUUUUAACGAGGAGUUAAUCAAGAUCAUAAAGGAACACACGGAAAUUUUGAUGUGCGUAAGAUGGAAAAAGAUUUAUAUUUGGUAUAAUACAAUUGUAAUUUUUAAUUUAUUGAUGUGGUCAAUAGCUCCAAUUUUGGGUGGUUUGGACCAACAUCGGCUACCUUUCGAAGCUUGGUUUCCUUUUGAUACUCAAGCUUUACCAAAUUAUGCAGCGGCUUACAUUUAUCAAAUCGUCUGUAUGUGGCCUAUGAGUUUGUGUAAUAUUAAUCUGGACUGCAUAAUAAUGGCGUUGAUGAUGUUCCUGUAUGUUCAGUGUGACUUGUUGUGUCAUAGUUUGAGAAGUCUUAAGUGGGAUAAAUUUGAUGAGGAGCUCGUGGAAUGUAUCAAAAGACAUAAAUUGAUAUUAGGCUUCGCGAAAACUAGCAACGAUUUUUUCAACUGGAUUAUCCUAGGACAAUUUGCUACCAGCACUUCCGUAAUUGCUUUAAUUAUGUUUCAACUAACUCUGGUUAGUCCAGUAAGCGGUGAAGGUUUAUCACACAUGUUCUACAUCCAUGGAAUUACAACGCAAAUUUUUUUGUACUGCUGGUUUGGUAACGAAUUGGAAAUUAAGAGUAGUCGGAUUCCAUACGCUGUAUACGAAUCGGAUUGGAUUUGUCAGUCUUUGAGUGUUAAGAGAAAUAUAAUUUUCUUCGGCAUUAGGUGUCAACGUCCCAUUAAAAUUACCGCAAUCAAGCUUUUUUCGCUGUCUCUGCAAACGUUUCUUUCGAUCAUGCGAUCAGCGUACUCCUACUUUGCUUUAUUAUCAAAUGUCAAUAUAAAGUGA